CUCGUAUUAAAGGCCGGUCCCCCCUCUGAGAGAAUAUAUGGUUCCGUCCUGGGAGAACUCGUGGAAACCAUGGUGCUGACCGUUUGGGGCGCACUGCCAUCUAGUGGCGCUGUUCGGAACAGCAGCCUCACUCAUAAACGCUAUUUUCUUCCAGGUCCAUGGUGCUGUGCUUUUAACUGAAGGCUAAGCUAUCUGAAUACUGACAAGACUGCAGCCAAUGUGCACCAGAAAAUAGUGGGCUUUUUUUUCUCCCACGCCAGUAGCUCAAACGGCUACUACUAGGGCUAGUUGUUGCUUGAUUUCUAGCAUUCGUUGUAAAGCUCGCUUUGUAAACUUCAGUUAUUCUAUUAAUUCCGCAUCAGCAGCCAAUGGCAUUAAAAGUAUGUCCAACUAAUGUGACAACUACUAAACGGGCCGGGUUGCAGGUGAGCUCUGAAACUUUGAAACAAUAACAGUAAGAUACCUUGUUGGAUAUACAUCAUCACAUAAUCACUAACGGACGAAAAUGGAGCGAGCAAAAAGAGGAAGCAUCCAAAUAAAUGUCAGCACUGAAAUGUGAACCACCAUCCACGCAAAUCAAGUGGAAAUGCCUCCCGCAGCAGUAGUACAAGGAAUGUCCCCAAAUCCAGACCAAGGUUUGGGUGUAAGUUUGAUGCUGGGGACUGACUAUGAAAGCAAGAAGCAUAAACUGAAUCAGGAGCUUCAACUGGACUACCAACAUUAUAUUGCCAAGAAAAAGGAUCUGAAACCCAGGGAACCCCUUCCACAACCCCAGGGUCUCUCCCUGCCUAUUAAUGAGAAGAUUUCAGCUCAGGAAAAACUAAGAGAGGAGAGAAGCAAAGAAUACAACCUUUUCCUACAGGAACAAGCUCAACUAAAAGGGUUAAGGAGGGAAACACCUCCUGUCACUUCAAAGCCUGGACAGGUUCACGCUUCAGAUGCUGACUGGAUUUCUUCUCCAGCUUCACCUCUGCCCAUCGGCACUCAUAACAACCCACAUCCUCCCCCCAGGGAGCACCCGAGAUCCAGGAGAGAUGCUGCCACGCUGACUGAAUCAUUGGAUAAUGCAAAAAGGACGGGGACUCGGCGUCCAGCCUAUCAGGGACGAAGGCGUUGGCAAAUCUAUCAACUAAAGGAGCCCUAUAGCUCUGAGGAGGAGCUAAGCACAGACAGAGAGGAGGAGUUGGAGUUCAAGCACAGGAGGAGGCGAGAAAGACACUCUUCAGAGAGAGAUCACAGAGCUAACAGGGCUCCUCUGGACACGAAGGAGGUGGAAGAUCUUGGUGCUGGUGAUCAAAACAACAGUGAAUUGGUUGGGAAGUCAGAUCCACAAAUGCCAGACAGCAUGAGGACGGCUGCGAGACCCAGACCCGCUACCAGCGAGAAUAAAGCAGAGUUUGCUACCGGACUCAUGAUUGGAGCAGCAGAGGAGCGGACGGCCUCUCAAAUCAGGAAGGAGCAGUAUAGGCGCGAGCUGCUGAAACAAAUUGCUGAACAGCAGAUAAACAAGAUGAGAGACAAGAAACUUGAGCUGAGGGUUGCCGCCACUGGAGCCACAGACCCUGAGAAAGAGUCUGACCGAAUUAAGCAGUUCAGGGCUGUAAAUCGGCAAUAUGGUGACCGGUGGCGAGAUGUCUCCUACAAGCCCGGAGUGGAUCUGGAGGCCGCAGGGAAGGAUCUGAAUCUGAGGCCUAAAGAAGACAAACCCAGCGUGGACACAGAUCAGAGAGCCGGCAUGGGAAAGCCCCACAUGGACGACAGCAGUACAUCUCUCAAUCUGCAUACAGGGAAAAAGACAGUGGCAGCAGCACAAGAUGUCUCCUUGCUGGACUAUUUCAGUGAAGUCUACCACAGGGACUUCUCGAACACACUGGGAGAUUUGGCCAUCCCGAGGGUCACUGCUGCCCCUCCUCCUGCUCCUCCCACUGUAGCUAAUGAUUACAAGACUCCACACGAUGCUGCUUAUUACUACUACGGAACCAGGAAUCCAUUAGAUGGUCCACCUGAGGUGCUGCAGCAGUCUGGAAAUUUCCACAGUCCUCAUAAACGACCACCUCCUCUGAGACCUGCUGAAGCAACUGAUCAGCAUCGGUCGUCUCCCCUGCACUUUGGAGAGCUUCCUGAGGACAAGGCCAGGCAGAGGAGAGAGAGUGCACUGAUUUACCAAGAAGCUCUCAGACAGCAGAUCAAAGAACGAGAGGAGCGCAAAAGAAGGGAGAAAGAAGAGAGGGAGCGAUAUGAUUCCAAGAAAGAGGCUGAGAUGAUGGCUUACAACCCCUGGGGGAAAAGUGGAGGAGGUGCUCCAAUUAAAGACCAAAAAGGCAACCUCGUCAGUGACCUGAAUCAAAUGCACAGGAUCAACGAGGAGUCAUAUAGGAAUCCCGUUUCCAGGAAUGGCGGGCAGAUGCAAAGUGUUUCGACAAGAGAUGGGGACACUCCCCGGUCUGAAGCCAGGGCUCCUCUUUCCCAUCAAAUAUCAGGUUUCGGUGAUCAGCCGACUCCACAGCAGCUCCACAUGCAGAGCAGAUACAAAGAAGACCUGCAGCGACAGAUAGAGGAAAACAAGCGGAAGCAGGAGGAGGAGAGAGAACGGAUGAGGGCCGAGGAGGAAAAAGAAGAAAAGAGGUUGGCGGAGCAAAGGGCUCGUAUGCAGCGAGGAUAUGACGAGGAACAAAGGAGGCAAGAGAAGGUCAAGGUGACUUCUCGGGCUGAAGCCAGGGCUCCUCUUUCCCAUCGAACAUCAGGUUUCGGUGAUCAGCCGACUCCACAGCAGCUCCACAUGCAGAGCAGUUACAAAGAAGACCUGAAACGACAGAUAGAGGAAAACAAGCGGAAGCAGGAAGAGGAGAGAGAACGGAUGAGGGCCGAGGAGGAAAAAGAGGAAAAGAGGUUGGCGGAGCAAAGGGCUCGUAUGCAGCGGGGAUAUGACGAGGAACAAAGGAGGCAAGAGAAGGUCAAGCUGCAUAGGCUGGAAAACACGAAGGAGGAAAAGAGGCUGAGGGAGGAACAAGAGAUUGAGAAGAGGGUGUCUGACAGCUCCAGGGACGGAGGGGAGAAAAGGGAGCAGUUGAGCAAUGAGCGAGAGCCAUCUCCUCCCAUUCCAACCUUGCAGAGGAGGCAGACAAAUCUCGUGGCACCCAGACCUCCCUCUGUAGUGAGCCAACUUUCCUCCAGGACCGAGCGCUCCGUGUCAGCACCACACAGCAGACAAGUCCCUGUGAAACCCCCCCAGCCACAAGAUCGACAGCAGGAGGUGAUCAGAGAGCUGUCGGCCCUCCGCAGGUACCUGAGGAAAGAGCAGAGGCAGCUGGAGACUCAGCUGGACCAAACCGAUCGACAGGAGAGCCGCUCCACUCCCCCCAGCAGGCCCAGAGGACGACCCAGAGUGGACGCCUUUGAAUCGCAGCACAAGCGAGACGUCCGGCCAUCAACCAGGAGUCCCUCCUCCGCUGCUGAACGCGUUAACGUGGAACAUUUCAGGGAGUUCAACCGGCUCAAAUACAGAGACACGGCAUCUCGAGAGGAGGUCCGUCACAUGUACCCCGACCCUCCCGCCGACGCGCAAAGUCUGGACAUCCAACAGCAGGCGCUCCUUCGUGAGCAGCAACGCAAGAUCAGGCUCAUGAAGAGAGAAGAAGACCGUGACUUGCUGGAGCAGCGUCUGAGCAGCCAUCCUCCUAGGAACAAACCUGGACACUACAUCCACAGAGACUCCAACCUGCCAUCUGAGACUGCUUUCAUUGAUUUUUACAGUGGUGAUGGGUGUGAAGAGCGCAUUGAUGAGCAGAGACGCCUUCAGGCCUCCGCAGAGCACCGGGAGAGGACAGCCCCAUGGAGGAGACAUGAUGAGGGGGUUGUGUCCAUUAAUCAAAGGAACCAUAGCAACCAGGCAGAUUCCCAGUCCUUACACUCAGAAUCCAAAGUCCCACAAAGGAAACACAACCAGCAAGGCAACGGAAGACAGGACAGUGGCGAUCACAGCAGCAGAUCAGAGGUGGAUGUCUCCUCUCUGUGUUCUGCCCUGGAGAGGCGUGUUUCUGUGGACACGGUUGCCACAGAUCCCUGGCUGCGGCCCGGAACAUCGGACGCUGCCAAACAUUCGGGCUGCGGGGAGAAGCCCACUAUCAGGAUGGACACUCCACCCUGGCUGACACACCGCGUCACAUAGCUUCCAUUACCUGGCGUCUAAGGAUGGAAAGACUGCACUGACUGAGCCCAGGUCUUAAAAAUCAAAAUCAAAAUCAUCACUUUUCACUGACUGACAUGUCAACUGUGGAACUGGUAGACCAGAAGCUUAGUUAGUUUCAAGAAGUAGCAUCUUACACUCUCAAGACUCUCAUAUUUUCUUGACAAUGAAGUGCACUUUUUACCCUGUUAGCUCUUGAAUGUUUUGUCAUGUGUAUAUUUGUACAUAAACUAACAUCUGUUUUCAUAUAGUUAUACCAAAAUGAAUAUAUUUAACACAAAUGUUAUUAUUUCAGUGUUGUCAUCAUUAAUGGAGCGGAAUAAACGGCUAUCAUUUAGAA